CCCAAAAAUGGCGUUCAGGGCCUGGUCGCAUGGAGUGAGAGACUAAUUCAGUUUUAGAAAAACCAAACGUUAUUUUUUCGUCAACUCAUCUGUAUAUUCUUCUCUCCCAAAAUAGCCUGUUGUUAAAACGACUAGUCCCACCAUUGUUGAUUCUGUACUGAUGCUAUUGAGAUCUUUACACCUCGAAGUCCAAUAUGAAGCUUCCGAGUUGAUUAAAGACCUCAUGCGUUAUGAUGUACAGUUAGCCGUACUGAAGGGAUUGGUUGCAUUGUUAAAACCAUCUAAAGAAGAUAUUCAGGCCGAUAAACCAGAAAUCCUGAGUGGUAUGUUGCUACUUCGCUGCUAUACAAUAGCAGUGCACGGUCGUUUUCUAGCCAUAAGGGAUGCAUGCAGCAGGUUUUCUUAGUCCUGAAUAGGGCAAUAGUCGGGUAGCUUAAGAUUAUACAGUAAUAAGAUAUAUAAACAGGAUAUUUUGAAACAAACGGUUAUAGCACUUCUCCACUUACUUAAUCUCCUCAUAAAUUUCUUUCAUUUUCUUAUUGUUUUCGCCUGCAUUGCAGGCGUGAUGCUGGUUGGAGAACUGUUGUCCCUCGCUAUCGAACACCAUGGUUCAUACUUAAAUUGGCAUGGCUUCUGGAUGUGAAGCUUUUAGUGACUUAUAGCUAUUUCUAGACGCCCUCGUUCGCUUUCCGUGUCAUGUUAUCCAAAUUACAUUGUCAUUGGAUUAGAGAAACACCUAGUGCAUCCUUGUUUAUUCACGCCAUUCUUUUGUGACUUCACUUUCUCAAACAGGGUCUUGUACUUCUAACUUUAAGAUCUGAUUCAACUAAACACACAUCACAGACUAGUUCUUUAAAUCUAUCUGCUCUACAAAAGCCCCCCGUUGACUUACACUUCCAGACAUUAUAACAGCAUUAUAAAUUCUGAAUCUUCCCCUUGAAUCUUCCCCAGGUGAUAUAAUCAGUGAUCGCGUGGAACACGUAAAUAAAAAACAGCCUCACACCAUCAUCUCCUCGCGCCUCACACUACUACUGAUCUCCUAAUUAAUAUUUUGUUCAUGGCAAAAAUAGAGAUGAUUGGGGACGAGGCAGUUACAAUUUGUACUGUAACGAAAUGAUUAUUGACUAUACCCACCGCAGAUAAAUUCUAUAACUUGUUUUGGGAUUUUCGUUUUUGAUUUAAUUAGAUCCUACAAUGCCAGACUUUGGAGCGCCGUUAUCUGUCUAUGUUCAACAGGCAGCUGCUUGUAAGGUGAUCAGGUGAGGGAAGCUUGUUUCUCUCUAUACUACAUCUAUAAGUUCCUUGCGAUACAGGAUAUGUGGGUCAUUACAUACUAAUUUUUUGUUUUAAUUUUGUAGAAUACUUGCCCAGCAAUCGCCUGAAGUCGCAGAGAGUUUGGUCCAGGUGUGUGAGAUUUAGGCCACGGUCAAACGUCGAACUUUUCAUGUGCCGAACCUAAUGUGAUGAAGUGAAACAAAGAAUUUAGCUCAUUCAAACAUUAGGUUCGGCACAUGAAAAGUUCGACGUUUGACGCUGGCCUAAUUUUCUGUAGAUGUUUUACAGAAAACAUUUUUCUAUGUCCAGCACGGCUGGCCUUAUAGUAUAAAAUAUACGCUGAACUACUUAACUACACUUGGUGAUCAAUUCUUGGCCUAGUGCAUCAGUGACAUGUGAUAUGAUGGUCUGGAAGCCCGGCAAAUUUCAAACCUACAAUAUAGAAGGCGUUUGUUUGAUGUUGGUCUGUACUACACCGUGCACAAAUCUCAACUUCAUUAAUUAAAGGCUUUUUUCCACUAGGCGGAAUUUUCCGCGCGGAGCGGAAUUUCUCUUUGUCCUUUCUAAUUAAGGCCGUUUUCCACUAGGCGGAAUUUUCCGCGCGGAGCGGAAUUUUUCUUUGUCCUUUCUAAUUAGUUCCACCCGAGAAAUCACAAGGCAAAGAAAAAUUCCGCUCCGCGCGCAAAAUUCCGCCUAGUGGAAAACGGCCUUUAGUUCCACCCGAGAAAUCACAAGACAAAGAAAAUUUCCGCUCCGCGCGGAAAAUAACGCCUAGUGGAAAAUUAUAAAUACUAUUUAUCGUGACUGCACGUUUCAUUUCAGCUAUCCCUAUUGGACGAUUACUUCAUUGUGGAACAUAUAAUGUGCUCAAUUAGGGGCGGACCAUUAGAAAUCCCGGGAAGGGGGGGGGGGUAAAAAUUCCCCCAAAAAAAUUCGUGCAAAGAAAAAUGCCUGGAAAAAAAUUCGUGCAGCCAUUACGUCAGAGAAAAAAAAAUCGUGCAAGCAAACAGGAAAGUGCAAAUAGUCUUGAAAAAAAAUUCUUGCAGAGGUUAUGAGACUGAAAAAAAAUCGUGCCGCAAAAAUUUUAUACUCCCCUCCCGGGAUUUCUAAUAGUCCGCCCCUUACCGUGACCGUGCACAAAUUAACAUAAACUCAGACAAAAACAUAACACAUUGACUUAUGUUAAGUUUCCAGACCAUCACAUCUUGAUAGACUACUGUAUGGUAACACUAAUGCAAACAUUCUAACCAAGACGUUCAUAAUAAUUUUCUUGUUCUUGCUUCAGCUUCGUGUAGUACAUGGCUUACUCUUCGCCCUUGGAAACGCAAAUCACCCCGAUUCCCAAAGACAAGCUGCGAUUACCCUGGAAGUAAGUUAAAGUUUUAACUUUUUGCUAAUUAUAGAUACUUAUUUUUGCGACCAACAAGGAAACUGGAGAUAAAGGAAUAUAUUUGCAUGAAGCUCAGUCCUGUU